CUCCUCCACCUCAUUCCACCAGUGAGUAAAACCGAGCGAGAAGCAGAGCUGAACGCAUUUUCACGUCCACGCGCUCAUUCCUCGCGGCACGGUGAGGACUUCUCUAAAAAAAAAAAAAAAAAAGUCUGGGAUAAACUUCAGCAAACUGUGACCUUGCCUUUCCUCACCCGGGACAUUGUGUGUGUUACGGGACUUUUUUGUUGCGGAGGCUGAAAACCAGCUGCCUUACCUGUCCCAUCCGCCGGUCCUCGGUGCGUCGUGUCCGGCCAGCAGCGUCCCCAGUUUGAUCCAGUUCCAGAGUCCAGCUGUGAGCGACCCGUCUGCUAGAUCACUAUCAUCAGGACGAAGAUGAGACUGUGUGGCUUCAUUGUGUUGACCCUGGCUGUCCUCGCCACCGCCAGGCCCAAAGCAGGUCCUAACCAAAAAUGUAAGUCUGGUCCAGUGGAUCUGAUCUUCCUCAUCGACAGCUCCCGCAGUGUAAGGCCACACGAGUUUGAGACCAUGAGGAAGUUCAUGAUCGACAUCCUGGCCACACUGGACAUUGGACUCAACGCCACCAGAGUGGGAGUGGUUCAGUACUCUAGCCAGGUCCGCAGUGAGUUCUCUCUGAAGACCCACUCCAAGCUGGACGCCAUGGUGAAAGGCAUCAAUGAGAUCAUUCCCCUAGCUCAGGGCACCAUGACCGGCCUCGCCAUCAAAUACGUGAUGAAUGCAGCCUUUAUCGCAGAGGAGGGAGACAGGCCAAAGGUCCCCAACGUAGUUGUGAUCGUGACAGAUGGACGUCCUCAGGACCGCGUGGCGGAGGUGGCAGCCGAGGCUAGAGAGAAGGGCAUUGAGAUCUACGCUGUGGGGGUGGCCAGAGCCGAUAUGACAUCCCUGAGAGCCAUGGCGUCCCCACCCUUCGAAGACCACGUCUUCCUGGUGGAGUCCUUCGAUCUUAUUCACCAGUUUGGACUGCAGUUCCAGGACAAGCUCUGUGGUAUGGAUCUGUGUCUGGAGUCGGACCACGGCUGUGAGCACAUCUGUGAGAGCUCCCCGGGCUCCUACCACUGCCUCUGCCUGCCUGGAUACACUCUGAAUGAUGAUGGGAAAACAUGUGCAGCCAUAGAUCUGUGCACUGAGGGGAAACACGACUGUGAACAAAUCUGCGUCAGCUCUCCUGGUUCCUUCACCUGCGACUGCAACAAAGGAUACAAACUGAACGACGACAAGAAGACCUGCUCAAUGAUCGACUACUGUUCGUUUGGGAACCACAGUUGUGAUCAUGAGUGUGUGAGUGUGCUCAAUGGCUAUCACUGCCGCUGUAACGAGGGAUACAGGCUGCUGGAGGACGGCAAGACCUGCCAGGCCAUUGACCUGUGUGCUGAGGGGAAACAUGACUGCGAACAAAUCUGUGUCAGCGCGCCCGGCGUCUUCACCUGCGACUGCAACGAAGGAUACACACUCAAUGAGGACAAGAAGACCUGCACACCUAUUGACCUGUGUGCCGAAGGAAAGCAUGACUGUGAACAAAUCUGCAUCAGUGCUCCCGGGGUCUUCACCUGCGACUGCAACAAAGGAUUCAAACUCAACAAAGAUAAGAAGACCUGCACAAAUAUGGACCUGUGUAACACAGUGGAGCAUGGCUGUGAGCACCAGUGUGUGAGCACCCCAGGAUCUUACUACUGUAUCUGUCCGGAGGGACAACUGCUGCAGGAUGACGGCAAGAGCUGCGGCACAUGCAAGUCUGCCAACAUCGACCUGGUGCUUCUGAUUGACGGCUCCAAGAGUGUCCGCCCUCAGAAUUUUGAGCUGGUCAAAAAGUUUGUUAACCAGGUGGUGGACUCUCUGGACGUGUCUGCUCAUGGCACCAGAGUCGGUCUGGUUCAGUACUCGAGCCGGGUCAGGACGGAGUUCCCUCUCAACAUGUACCACACUGCUGACGAGAUCAAAGCUGCAGUCAUGAAGGUUGAAUACAUGGAGAAAGGCACCAUGACAGGUCUGGCCCUUAAACACAUGGUGGAGAACAGCUUCUCAGAGGCAGAGGGCGCUCGUCCAGCCAGCCGCAACAUCCCCCGAAUUGGACUGGUGUUCACAGACGGACGCUCGCAGGAUGACAUCACAGAGUUCGGCAAGAAGGCCAAAGAAGCUGGUAUCACCAUGUACGCGGUGGGUGUUGGAAAAGCUGUGGAAGAUGAACUUCGUGAGAUUGCGUCUGAGCCUGUUGAGAAACAUUUCUAUUACACCACCGACUUCACCGCCAUCAGCACCAUCGCUGAGAACCUCAAACUCAAUGUCUGCCCAGAGGAGAGUCAGGGGGAGAUCGAGGUGAAGGACCCAUGUGCCUGUGAGAGUCUGGUGGAGUUCCAGCAGGCCACCAUGAGCAGCCUGGAGCAGCUCACUCAGAAACUGGCUGGUAUGACUGCCCGUCUGGAGCAGCUGGAGAACCAGCUUCUCUCCAGGAAGUGAUCUGAUCAUCACAGUGAGCGAACAGGACACCACAGAGGAAGAAUAACAGACUGAGGAAGAGGAGGGCACAUCCUGGCGCGAUCAUUAAAAGGGGAAAUCAGAAACCCUUCCAAUCAAUGGGCAGAGCCAAAGUGUCUUUUCUCAAAGCCUUUGUAGCCUUCACUAGGUCUGUUGCUCUUCACGUGAGGAUGAUAUUUUUAUCUGAACUUGUGAUAUAGAAUCGUAUUUCUGGUAUCGAUGUAAAUUACAUUUGUACACUUUUUUGUCUAAAAACAAAAACACACGACAGCGCCACACCCACUUUCCCACCUGUCACUGAGCAAAGCAGCAAAUGUUUAUUAUGAAACAGAAGGAUAUUACAUUUCCAAGAUUCCCCAGGACAUCUGUUAACCCCUGGGAAUCCGUGUGUACAAACAAACAAACAAACAAACAAACAAACAAACUAACUAACAAACAAACAAACAAACAAACAGAACUGACCCUUCCUAAGUCCCAGGGUCUGACUGUGAUUGGAGCGCAGAGCGUAAAGGGGGCGGGGCUUAGGAAGAGUCAACACUUCAUCUGUGCAGCACAACGGGCGACUGUAGGCACGUUGGCUAUCUUUGUAAACUAGAUGUAAUCAACGUACUGUAUUAGAUAUUAUUUAGUGAACACAUGAGUAUGAUCACACACACAGUUCAUUCAUAGUCACGCUCCAUUCAGCUGUUUCUCUUAGUGCUGUUUAUACUUGAUCUGUUUUGUACGGUUUGUUAAAUAUGAUGUAUUUAUAGCAGAUUGUUUUUGUUUUUUAAGUACCACAGUAGAAUAGCAAAUUAAAAUAAAAAGUAGUUCUAAAAGUGUUAUUACCACUCCCAAUAUUAAAUUGGUCAUUUUCAUUCAAAAUCAUUACUUGUUUGCUUGUAGAAACUAGUUUUGAUCACAGAACUAACUGGCUUUGCAGUGUGACGACUGUUGAAGAGGAAAGUGGUUUAAAUAAAAAAAAAAAAGGGAAGUUAAGAAGUUUAAAGUCACUGUUCACUAAAGCUGUGGUCUGUUGUUGAUAAAGAAAAAUGUGAUGAAUUGGCUUUUGUAAAUCACAUUUGUUCUUCACUGUGCACUUUCUAGAUUUUGUCUCACAGUGCUCUUAACAUGUCUGAGUAUUAGUGUACAUACAAGUUAAAAUAUUAGUGUACAUUACCCUAAAGUGAUCAGUUAUCAUCAGCCUGACCUGACCCGUCUGUCGUAAUCUCGUCACAUUAGCCUAACAGAGAAUGAGAGGCCUCACAGGGUACUGCAUGUAAAUGAAUGACCACCUUAACUAUGGUAGUUUGCCUCAUUCUUGUAGUUUUGUAUAAAAAGAAAUACCACCACCAUUGUAUGCCCCUUUAUAUUUGAUUGCCUGUAUGUUUUUGUAUAUUUUCUAAUAGCUUUACCUUUUUGUAUUUUUCUGAUGAGUCCCUGUAUCACAGAAGGCAAUAAAAGAGUGAACUUUU